ACGGCCCAAAAUACGCGCGCCCCUACGCUCGAUGCCGCUUGGCGCGCGCGCGCGCGCGCGCGACGCCGCGACGUCAUCACUAUCCCCGCAAUGGCAAGAGACACCCAUGGCGCGAGGCGCCACCAAGAAUAGCCACCGUCUCCUCCGUGCUUGUCUCGCCGCCGGCCACCUAUAUAGCUCCGGCGCGCGCCAUGGCGAAACCUCAACACGGGAAACCCAGGGCCCAUAGCCGGACGAGGUGCUCGGUCGAUCGACGCACCAUGGCCCGCGCUGAUCUCGCCCUCGUCGCCGUCCUCCUCGCCGCGUGCGCCGCCGUGGCGCUCGCCGCGGAGGCGCAGGCCCCGGCGGCCGCGCCGAAGUCGUCGUCGUCCUCCAACUCCUCCUCCGGCUCACAUACCUCGCCGUCGAAGGCUCCCAGUCCCAGCAAGUCUCCCGAGAAGUCCGGCAAGGCUCCCGCGGCGGCGCCGCCCAAGGCCGCCGCCGCCAAGGCCCCCUCCGGGAAGUCAGAGGCGCCCAGCGAGGCGCCCGACGCCGAGUCCGGCGCGGAGUCGCCGGAGGCCGGCGAGGAGUCCGGGAAGUCCCCGGCAAGCGCCCCCAAGGACUCCUCGUCGAGCUCUUCCGAGGAGGAGGAGGCGUCGUCGCCGGACAGCGGCGACAUGGAGGACGAGACGGCCGCCGAGGCCCCGACCGCAGAGGAAGCAUCCGGCCCCGCGGCGGACGGCCCGCCGGAGCCGGAAGCAGACUCGCCGGCAGCAGACUCGCCUGGCCCCGGCACAGCCGACGAGGCGGGCAGCGCGGGCAUGAGCUCCGGCGUCACGGCGGCCGUGGUGGCCGCCGCCGCCGCCGCGCUCUCGCUUUAGAUGGCGUUGGUGUUUCGGUGGCUUAUAUAUUAGGGAGGAGUUUGGAGGGUCGGUGAUUCUUGAGGAGUUCGGCGAUUUAAUUAGGCCGCUUGCUGCUUAAUUUCUCCUUAGAAAAAAUUAGGCACCUUGGGUCUCGGUUGAUCGUUUGGCCGUUUGUAAUUUGAACAACGAUGUACUAAUACACAGUUGUGUCUCUGAAUAUGGCUGUAUUUGUGUUCCCAA